AAAAGAAGCAGACCUCCCUGGCAAUUCACCAACAUCCUGCUUUCAAGGAUGUAUGAAUGUGGGCAUGCUGUCAAGUUGACCGUCACCUCUUUACCUUUAGGGCAACAUGGCAGGAGCAAUGCGUGUCACUAUAUUUAUAUCUUUUGUUUUGGUAGCCGUCGCUCUAGGGUCCACUAGAGCCUCAACCUUGACUUCAACGACUGCUACCACCAAGAAUACCCCAACAUUGUCUGUCACCAACACAGUGGUCCCUGCCUCAACAGCCAGUAGAACAAGUCCCAUAGUCAGUGAAGCAACUAAUACAGCUCAUACCGGUAGCACUGGACUCCCAUUCGAAUCAUCACCUUCAUCACCGACAACUGAGCCUUCCCAAUUCUCUCAGCCAUUGACUCCAUCACAAGCAUCCGAUGGCAGAACCACCUCUACAGGUUUUACGGCUGACACUACUACAAAUCAGACCCUAACUGGAACAACUUCUCAUGACUCCACAUCCUCCAACUUCUCAUCAACUUUGUCACCAAACUCUGAUUUUACCACAGGGAACAUGAGCUCAAGCACAGCUUUACAAAGUGAUGGGAGCCAUGACUUAUCAAGGAGUCCGGGCCUUGUAGCAGUCCUAUGCAUAUUCUGCAUCUGUUUGGGUCUUCUACUGGCUGUUGGGAUUGCAAAGCUCAUUACUUCCAGAGGUUCAAAGUUUGAGAGGCUCGAAGAUGUGCCAAUGGGCAAGAUGAACGAAGAGUCUCCAUUUGCCCGUUAUCCAACAAAACAAUUCUGAAAGAUAACACAUCAUGAGACAAAGCCAUUGACCCAGAACUGAUAGAUAAUAAAUCCGUCUUUCGUUUGGGUUCAGAUGGUGUCGUUUCUGACAUCUCACCACCACCUGUUUUUGUUUGUUUUGUCUGGCUGCUGGAAAGUGACGAGUGUUUGAAAGAAGUCAGUAUAGGCCAAAGGCUAAAAGCAACCCUGUGAUGUAGUACGGAAUACCUACUCUGAGAUUGGUCAGCAGCAUACUAAAGUCGAUCAUUGGCCCAAGGUAAAGUACUAUUCAUUCACAGAUGGAUGGAUGCGUCAAGAACCAGAAUGUAGAAGAUGCACAGACAAUGGCUGCAUUUACACAGGCAGCCCAAUUCUGAUAUUUUGCAAAAAUAUCUUAUCUGAUUGGUCAAAAGCCCAAUUAUUGGCAAAUGUACAGAAUUGGGGAUAUCUGCAAUUCUACGUCGGGCAGAAAUUAGUGUUUGGAUCAGGAACGUUUCCUCUCACGACCUCUACAAGCCAGCAUGUUAAAUACAAUCACAUUUAAAUAUACUCUACCCGGCAGCGUUUCCCAAACUUGGGGUCACGGCCUGAUUAGAAAACGGGGUCCCGAGAGAAACUCAAAAAUGUUUUUUUAAAUGUUAUAAUCGUGCUUGGUUCAUAGAACCGCGGUUAUGUCAGUAACCUCUGGUAGCCGCUAGAUGCUGUUGUAAUAAACAGAGCGGUUUCUGUUUUCUUCCUACAAAUGUGGCUCUAUCUUUUGAACCGUUUAAGUUACAAAAUAUUAUGACCCAUCACUGAAAGAUAAGACUCUCACAUAUACACUACCGUUGA